UUCUUUCUAAAAUACCUAGCCAUUCAGCUCCUUAAAGCUAGCUUUAUCUCUCUUAAAUACCUAGCCAUUCAGCUCCUUACCCUUUAAGUGCACCUCACCCUUUAAAUUCUUAUAGUGUGCUCCCACUUUCCACUCAACACAAUCAUGUCUAGUUUUUGCAUUUCUCCUCCUAUGAUGAUGAAGGGGUGGUUUUCAGGGUUAUUGAGAGCCGCAUUCAGGUGUGAAGAGGUUGUUUCUUUGUGGGUUUUGGCUGCCAUUGGCGAUUCCAGCGGCGGAGCUUUGGGUCGAGUCACAAAACGAGUUGUUUUUGCUGCAUAUACCGGCAUUCUUGCACUAGGAGGAGCUAUAGUGGGAGCAAUUCAUGGAGCCAUUAAAGGCCAGACGACGGAGACCGGGUUUAUUAAAGGUGCCGGCAUAGGCGGUUUGGCAGGGGCUAUUGCUGCCAUUCAAUUGAUGGAUUUGGCAGUGGACGGCGAGUCGUUGUCUAAGGUUGCUUUCUUGGGUGGGAUGGUAAAUGGGAAGGUGUUUAUGGAAUGGGUGAAUUCUUCAUUGCUAAAAGCCUAUCACUGGCAAGUUAGCAAUCUGGAAACAACUUACAGAGAGAUUUCUGAUAUCUAUGACAUUGCUGGAGUGAAGGGAUUAUCCCAGGAUUGCAUUCAAAAGCUCCCUCGAAGUACAUUUUACAGCAGCAGCAGCAGCAGCAAUAUCAUUGAUUCAUGCAGUGAAUUUUGCUGCUCAAUUUGCUUACAGGAAUUGAAGGACGGAGAAAAUGCAAGAGAACUUCCCAUUUGUGGCCAUAUGUUUCACGUGGGAUGCAUAGACCAAUGGCUAAAGCGACAAGCCUCUUGUCCUAUGUGCAGACUACAAGUACACAUUUAAAACGUAGUAGAUAACUACCACGAGUGUUCGAUGGUUGUGGACGAAUUUCAGCCAUGUAUUCUACAUGGUACGUUUUGAGUUCGAUUCAUGAUGCUGUUGAAUCACACGAUGGUGGCCAGGAAAAAGCUAAAAUACUUCUAUGAGUCUUCCUGACUCCUGACAUGAUGGACUGCUGUGGUGAAAGCGACACGCGUCUUCCCUUUUUUUUUUGAAAACAAAAACGUAGUAGAUUUUAGGGAUUGCUAGUAUGGUCCAAGCCUCCAAGGUGUUCUAUUAGUCGUUGAAUUCUCUGUAACUAUUGCAAAAAGAUGUAGUACUUUCGUAAAGUGCAAGAAUCUUGUACAUAGUUUUGGGAUCCAGAUCCUCUUGGGAUCUAAGAAUCCUGAGCCUAGGGAUCAAUUGAUCCGGCCCGUUGAAAUUUUAUCGAACGGUUACAAACAGAAGAUUCCACAAAAAAUUAUAAUAAUUGUAGUCGUUGGAUCAAAUUUCAACAGAUCGGAUCAAUUAAUCCCUAGGCUCAGAUCCUUAGAUCCGGAGAGGAUCUGGAUCCAUAGUUUUGUACUCUUUUUGUUUGAGGAAAAAUACUUCUUUAUUAA